UCUUCUGCAAUGGCUAAUCCAUGCAGAAAACUGCUAUUUAAUAUUUACAUGGGAUUUUACUGCUCAACCAUCAUGCCCCAAAUGUGCAUUUGUUCUCAGUUUUCAAUGUCAUCUACUGAUCCAUUCAAUAAGGACCCUAGGGCUUUCCCCAUAGCCACCAAUGGGGAACCGUUUCCUUGGAACAAGCUGAGGCUCCCCAGCAUGAUAAUUCCCCUCCACUAUGACCUUUUGGUCCAUCCAAAUCUCACCUCAUUGGACUUCAUUGGUUUUGAGAAGAUUGAAGUCUUGGUCAGAGAUGCCACUCAAUUUAUCAUCUUGCACAGCAAAGACCUUGAAGUCAUGAAUGUCAUCCUUCAAUCAGAGGAAGAUUUGAGAUACAGGAAACCAGGAAAAAAGCUGAACGUUUUGAGUUAUCCUGCUCAUCAACAAAUUGCACUGUUGGUUCCAGAGAAACUAAUGGCUGAUUUGAGAUACUCUGUGGCUAUCAACUUCCAGGCCAAGUUAGCCAAUGGUUUUGAAGGGUUUUAUAAAAGCACAUACAGAACUCGUGGUGGUAAAACAAGAAUAAUUGCAGUAACAGAUUUUGAGCCAACUGAAGCCCGGAUGGCUUUCCCUUGCUUUGAUGAACCAUUGUUUAAAGCCAACUUUUCCAUCAAGAUAAGAAGAGAAAGUGGACACAUUGCACUCUCCAACAUGCCAAAGGUUAAGACAAUUGAACUUGAAGGAGGCCUCUUAGAAGAUCAUUUUGAAACUACGGUAAAAAUGAGUACAUACCUUGUAGCUUACAUAGUUUGUGAUUUCAACUCUGUGAGUGGCACCACCUCCUCAGGAGUCAAGGUGUCCGUCUAUGCAUCCCCAGAUAAAUGGAGUCAAACACAUUAUGCUUUGGAAGCAUCAUUAAAGCUACUUGAUUUUUAUGAAAAUUACUUUGAUAUCAACUAUCCACUCCCCAAACUAGAUCUAAUUGCCAUUCCUGACUUUGAGUCUGGAGCCAUGGAAAAUUGGGGCCUCAUCACAUAUGAAGAGACAUCACUGCUCUUUGAUACUAAGACUUCUUCUGCUUCUGAUCAACUAUGGGUCACCAAAGUCAUAGCCCAUGAACUAGCACACCAGUGGUUUGGCAACCUGGUUACAAUGGAAUGGUGGAAUGAUAUUUGGCUCAAUGAAGGUUUUGCAACAUACAUGGAACUCAUCUCUGUUAAUGCCACAUAUCCAGAGCUACAAUCUGAUGAUGCUUUUUUGGAUGUGUGUUUUGCAGUAAUUAAAAAAGAUUCAUUAAAUUCAUCCCGUCCUAUCUCCAAUCAAGCAGAAACUCCUACUCAGAUAGCGGAAAUGUUUGAUGCAGUUUCCUAUAACAAGGGAGCUUGUAUUUUGAAUAUGCUCAAGGAUUUUCUGAAUGAGGAGAAAUUCCACAAAGGAAUUAUUUACUACUUAAAGAGGUUCAGUUAUGGAAAUGCUAAAAAUGAUGACUUGUGGAGCAGUCUGUCAAAUAGCUGUCUAGGUGAUUUUACAUCUGGUGAAUUUUGUUAUUCUGAUUCCAAGAUGACAAGCAAUACACUCGCCUUCCUAGGGGAAAACGUGGAGGUCAAGGAGAUGAUGACGACGUGGACUCAGCAGAAAGGAAUCGCCCUGGUGGUGGUUACACGAGAAGGGCGUUCCCUCAGGCUGCAGCAGGAGCGCUUCCUGAGCGGUGUUUUCAAAGAGGACCCUGAAUGGAGGGCCCUGCAGGAGAGGUACCUCUGGCAUAUUCCACUGACCUACUCCACGAGUUCCUCUAAUGUGAUCCAUAGACACGUUCUAAAAUCAAGGACAGAUACUCUGGAAUUGUCUGAAAAUGCCAGUUGGGUGAAAUUCAAUGUGGACUCAAAUGGCUACUACAUUGUCCACUAUGAGGGGCACGGAUGGGACCAACUUAUUACACAGCUGAAUCAGAACCACACACUUCUCAGACCUAAGGACAGACUAGGUCUGAUUCAUGAUGCAUUUCAGCUAGUAAGUGCAGGAAGGUUGACCCUAGACAAAGCCCUUGACCUGACUCGCUAUCUCCAACAUGAAGCAAGCAUCCCUGCACUUCUCAAAGGUCUGGAAUACUUAGAAUUGUUUUACCACAUGAUGGACAGAAAGAAUGUUUCAGAUGUCACGGAAAACCUCAAGCAUUACAUUCUCCGAUAUUUUAAGCCAGUGAUUGACACGCAAAGCUGGAGUGACAAGGGCUCUGUCUGGGACAGGAUGCUUCGAUCAACCAUCUUAAGACUGGCCUGUUACCUGAACCAUGCUCCUUGCAUCCAGAAGGCAACUGAACUCUUCUCUCAGUGGAUGGAAUCCAGUGGAAAAUUAAACAUUCCAUCAGAUGUUUUAAAGGUUGUGUAUUCUGUGGGUGCUCAGACAACAGUAGGAUGGAAUUACCUUUUAGAGCAAUAUGGACUGUCCAUGUCAGGUGCUGAAAAAAAGAAAAUUCUGUAUGCAUUGUCAACCAGCAAACGUCAGGAAAAGCUAAUGAAAUUAAUUGAACUAGGAAUGGAAGGAGAAGUCAUCAAGACACAGGAGUUGUCCCUUCUUCUUUAUGCGAUCGCCAGAAAUCCGAAGGGGCAGCAAUUAUCCUGGAAUUUUUUAAGAGAAAAUUGGACCCAUCUCCUAAAAAAAUUUGAUUUGGGCUCAUAUGCCAUGAGAAUGAUCAUCUCUGGCACAACAUCUCACUUCUCUUCCAAGGAUGAGUUGCAAGAGGUGAAACUGUUCUUUGAAUCCCUUAAGGCCCAAGGAUUACAUCUGGAUAUUUUUCAAAUUAUUUUGGAAACUAUAUCCAAAAAUAUUAAGUGGCUGGAGAAGAAUCUUCCCACUCUGAGGACUUGGCUACUGGUUAGUUCUUAAAUGGUCAGUAGAAAGAGCACAUCACAUGUGGGCAUGAAGUCAAUAAAGCUCAAGUCAAAGUCCUGGAUAUUUUGUCCAAACCACUAAGAAGCCUCAAGAAACCAGCCACCGCAGCUUCCUGCUCUCAGCUAUUGUCUCUAGCUGACAGAUGUAUGAUAUUGGGGUGGGGGGAAGUCCAGUUCAGUAGCCUAUUUAAAUGUAAACUUCCUGAAUAAUGAAGAUACGUGGAGAUGUGAAUGUAGGUAUAUGGACAUAGCUGUAAUAGAUUAGCCACAUCGUAUACUAUCCACAUGGCCUUACAGCAUGCUACUUUUUUGCUUUUUUGAUGCUUUUUUCUAACCUUGCUUAGUAUCCUGGAGUUUGCCCAGCCAGUUUUACCUUCAAGGAAAC